AUGAGGGAUAGACUUGCGGCGGAGAAGGAUGUUCUGUGUUUUGAAAUGGAGGCAGCAGGGCUGAUGAACCACUUUCCCUGCCUGGUCAUUCGUGGCAUUUGCGACUACUCAGACUCGCACAAGAAUAAAGAGUGGCAAGGUUAUGCAGCAAUGACGGCAGCUGCAUAUGCAAAAGAUGUUCUUACCCGAAUCCCUCCUAAUAAAAUUGAGGCUGAGAAAAGGAUUAGUGAUAUUCUAUCUGAGCAUCGAGAGAUUGCAAGGGAGCAGAGGGACAUUGCAAAGGAACAGAGGGACAUUGCAACCAAGCAUCUCCAAGUCCAGAGGGAUUUUGCUAAGGAGAGGCUAUCUGAAAAAGAAGAAAAAUGUCAUCAGCUAUUCCGACUCACGACUGAUGGUAACGGCGCUACGUAUGAGUGGUAUAAAGACCGUGUGGAAGAAAGGGUUGAAGAUACAUGCAUGUGGUUCCUUAAGCACGAGCACUUCCAGAUGUGGCUGAAAAAAGACUCCGGUCUCCUGCUGGUAUCAGCGGAUCCUGGCUGUGGAAAGUCAGUCUUAGCCAAAUACCUGGUCGACCAUGGCCUGCCACAAUCAGCAACAAUCUGUUACUUCUUCUUCAAAGACCAAGACCAAAACACCGUCCGGCAAGCGCUUUGCGCACUUCUUCACCAGCUCUUCUCCCAGAAGCCGCAUCUAAUCGGACAUGCCAUGACAGAAUUCCGCAAGGAUGGGCACGCAUUGAUUAACUCUACAGAAUCGCUCUGGAAGGUUCUACGAAAUACUACCGAAGAUCCCCAGGCAGGACCUAUAAUUAUAGUCCUUGAUGCCCUGGAUGAAUGUGCCGAAUCCGAGUUUGCGGAUCUGAUGCGGAAUAUGGAGAACCAAUCCCAUAGCGAACAUAGCAGGCUCAGAUAUCUUCUGACAUGUCGCCCAUAUGAGCAGAUUAUAUCUAAGUUUCGCAGCCUAUUAAAUGCCUUUCCAAAUAUCCGCAUACCCGGUGAGGAAGAAUCGGAAGCUAUUAGCCAAGAGGUUAAUCACGUUAUUAAGCAUCGGAUUCGUCAGCUAUCAGAGCAAAAGGGCCUCUCCACCCAGGUUAUAAACUACUUAGAAAACUACCUACAGGAGGCUCCCCACCGCACUUAUCUCUGGGUAUACCUUAUAUUCGACUACUUAGAGAAAGAAGAUUUUAAAAAAACACUGAAGGGAGUUGAGUCUAGUAUUACACAACUUCCAAGGAAUAUCAAUGAUGCAUACGAGCAGAUUCUUUGCCGUUCUAAGGAAGACCCAAUGGUUCGAAAGGCCUUAAGUAUUAUUUUGGCCGCUAGUCGACCGCUGAGCCUUUCGGAAAUGAAUAUUGCCAUAAAUAUAAACAAUACAUCACAAAGCAUAAACGACCUCGACCUAGAGGAUGAAAAGGACUUCGAGUUGCGUCUUAGAUCUUGGUGUGGAUUAUUCAUCUCAAUCUAUCAUGACAAAAUUUAUUUCCUUCAUCAAACGGCCCGCGAGUUUCUCCUUGCGCCUACAACUAUCCCAUCAAAGAUAGGUUGGCGUCACUCAAUCGCUGCUCACCAUGCACAUGCCGUUCUUGCAGAGCUCUGCGUGCUCUAUCUAAACUUUUUCAAUUCCAACAUUAGCCUUCCAACAGGUACAGACAGGGAAAACCGCCACUCUGUCAAUAGCAACACCUUCUUAGAUUACUCGGCAAAAGCUUGGGGUGCUCACUUCCGUCAGGCCAGUAUUAUUGAUAACGCUGCUAUUAUAUGCUCCGCUCUGAGAAUUUGUGAUCCAGAUUCAAAGAGCUAUUCGGUAUGGUCUGGGAUCUAUUGGCAGAGUAUAGGUGUAAACACCCCUAAGUAUUUUACGGGUCUUAUGGUAGCGUCGCAUUAUGGUCAUCGUGGCGUCGUCAAGCUGCUACUUGAGAAGGGCGCCAACGUUAACGCCCAGGACGGCGGCGGUUGGACGCCGCUAUCGUGGGCUGCUGAUGGGGGGCACGAGGCCGUCGUCAAACUGCUGCUUAAGAAGGGCGCCAAAGUCGAUGCCCAGGACCGCUACGGUCAGACGCCGCUACGGCAAGCCGCCGAUGGGAGGCACGAGGCUGUUAUUAAACUGCUGCUUGAGAAGGGCGCCAACGUUAACGCCCAGGAUAGCGGCGGUCGGACGCCACUAUCGCAGGCCAUUGCGUGGGGGCAUGAGGCUGUUGUUAAACUGCUGAUUAAGAAGGGCGCUAAUAUUAACGCCCAGCACAGCGGUCAGACGCCGCUAUGGCAGGCCGUUGCGGGGGGGCACGAGGCUGUUGUUAAACUGCUGCUUGAGGAGGGCGCCAACAUUAACGCCCAGGACCGCUACGGUCAGACACUGCUAUCGCAGGCCGCUAAUAGGGGGUAUAAAGCUAUCGUUAAACUACUGCUUGAGAAGGGCGCCAAGGUCGAUGCCCAGGACCGCUACGGUCAGACGCCGCUACAGCAGGCCGCCGAUGGGGGGCACGAGGCUGUUGUUAAACUGCUGCUUGAGAAGGGCGGUAAGGUCGACGCCCAGGACCGCUAUGGUCAGACGCCGCUAUGGCAGGCCGUCGCGGGGGGGCAUGAGGCUGUUGUUAAACUGCUGCUUGAGGAGGGCGCUAAUAUUAACGCCCAGGACCGCUACGGUCAGACACUGCUAUUGCAGGCCGCUAAUAGGGGGCAUAAAGCUGUCGUUAAACUACUGCUUGAGAAGGGCGCUAAUAUUAACGCCCAGGACCGCUACGGUCAGACACCGCUAUCGCAGGCCGCCGAUAGGGGGCACAAGGCUGUCGUUAAACUGCUGCUUAAAAUGGGCGCUAACUAUAAGAAUAGGUAA